AUGUCCGCCCGUCCGCCGCCAGUCGACGUGCGCUUCACCAACGUCACCUACUCCAUCCCCAGCACCGUGAAGCCGCUGUCGCGCAAGCGCACGCCGCCCACGCCCAUCCUGCGCGGCGUGUCUGCCUACGUCCGCGCGGGCGAGUCGCUGGCCAUCCUGGGGCCGUCGGGCUCGGGCAAGACCUCGCUGCUCAACGUCCUCGCCGCCCGCACCGAGCACCCGCUGGAGGCCGGCACUGUCCGCUUCGCCGGCCGCCGCCGCGUCCCGCGCACCAAGCGCCACAUCGGAUACGUCAUGCAGGACGACGUCUUCUUCUCAAAGCUCACCGUCCGCGAGACCCUCCAGUUCACCGCCGACAUCCGCCUCCCGGACACCGUCUCCAAACACGACAAGCGCGCUGCCGUCGAUGACGUCAUGCACAGCCUCCGCCUCACAAAGUGCCAGCACACACGCAUCGGCGACCAGCAGUUCGACAAGGGCAUCAGCGGCGGCGAGCGCAAGCGCGUCAACAUCGCAAACGAGCUGCUGCACAGCCCCAGCCUUCUGCUCGCCGACGAGUGUACCUCCGGCUUGGACUCCUCGUCCGCCUACACCGUUAUCAACCUCCUGCGCCAGCUCUGCGAAGAGGGACGCACCGUCAUCGCCACCAUACACCAGCCCUCGUCCCAGAUGUUCGCCCUGUUUGACCACAUCCUCCUACUUGCCGCAGGCCGCGUCGCCUACUUUGGACCACCUGCCAAAGUUGUCGAGUAUUUUCAAGGCAUCGGCUUUCCCUUCCCGACCCAUGCCUACAACCCCGCAGAUUACAUACUCGAGCUCGUCAUCGACGACCGCACAGACCCGUGCCAACCGGACAUCCCGUCUGUGCAGCAGCGCAUCCUCACCGCGUGGGAGACCGACGGCCCGCAGCGCAUGGCCGACCGCCACCUUAUCGACAUGCAAGCCCGGUCCGACGAUGAGCACGCGCCACCCGGAAACCUCCCGCAGGUCUCCCCCGACAAGUACCCCACCAACUGGUUCUCACAGGUCUUCGUGCUCGGGCAGCGCGCGCUGCGCCAGAAGCGUGGCGUCCUGCUCGAGCCCAUUUACAUCGCACAACUCGUCUUGGUCGCCUUCAUUGUUUCCAUGUGUUGGUUUCGGAUCGACGCGAGGGAGGGUACCAUUGAGGACCGCCUCGGCGUCCUCUCAUUCAUGCCCAUCUUCUGGGCGUUUUACAGCACCUUCAACGCCCUGUUUGCCUUCCCCGCGGAGAAACAGAUCUUGAAUAAGGAUAGGGCUGGCGGCAGUUACCGACUCAGCGCCUACUACUUUGCGAAGACGAUGAUUGAAACUCCGGCUGAUACUGUCUACCCGCUGUUCUUCGCUGCUGCGACAUACUUCAUCGUCGGUCUCAAUCCGUUUUUUUUGUCUUUUUUGCUGUUUACGAUUGUACUCGUCCUCAACGUCCUCACCGCUCAAAGCGUCGGCCUUUUCAUCUCUGCCGUCGUCAUGGACGUGCGGCACGCUCAAAUCGUUGGCUCGAUUUGGGUUCUAACAUCCAUGCUCACUGCUGGCUACUACAUUGACCCUGACAACGUUCCUCCCUUCGUUCUUCCGUUCCGUGUCCUCAGCUUUAUCAAGGUACGUUGUAUUCAAUUAUAUUUGUUUACUGCUCGACCUAACUCCCUCAUUGUUUACUAUCAAAGCCCCUCUAAAUUUUUUUUUUUUUUUUGGAACAAUUCUUUUUGUCCGAUCUUGGAUGUUGUCUGGUGUCUUCAACGAUUAUUCCAUUUCUUAAAACCGUUCGUCUCAACCCCAUAG